AUGAACAUCAAUUACACCAAACUUAUAGCCCUAUUAGCAACCCAAGUUGAAUCAAGUACACAACGAGCUAAACCAACCAAUAGAACAAGUAAUAUAGUAACUUGUUUUAGAUGUGGUGAAAAAGGUCACUACUCAAGAGAUUGCCUUGCAGAAAGAGAAACACCAGUUUCUUAUGGAGAAAACUCUACGCAGCCGACUAAGAUCGCAAAACACAAUAGAAGGCAAGAAUGUGAAAAUCACUCAAAUAACGAUGACGAUUUGUAUGAUCAGCUGAUCUACAAGGAUGAGGAAGUUAAAGAAACUGAUAGAUAUUUUAUAGAAGAAAUGUUGAAAGAACUAUCUAUAGCAACAUUAGAAGAUGAAGAAGAGUCUAUUGAAGAAAAAAUAAAAAAAUUGGAGGUUAGUGAAGAACUGACUGAGAAGCAGCAAAGAGAAGCGAAAGAAUUAAUAAGAAAAGAGAAAGAAAUCUUUGCACAAACUGUUGAAGAGCUUGGACAAACUGAAAGAAUGAAUUAUGUGAUCGACAUGGGUGAUGCUGCGCCAAUAAAGCAAAACGCGUAUAGGGCUGCACCCAGCAUUAGAGAAUUUAUUAAAAUGGAAAUAACCCAACUAAAAGAAAGAGGUCUAAUUUGUAAGUCACAAAGUCCUUGGUUUUCUCCCAUCGUGGUGGUGCCAAAAAAGAGUGAAAAGUUAUGUUUAUAUAUUGACUACUGCAAAUUAAAUGCAGUUAUGAAAAAGAACUCUUAUCCUCUUCCGUGUAUGGACGAUCUCUUAGAAACUUUCUCUAAAGCAAGAUUGUUUAGCUCUUUGGAUUUGUUAAGUGGUUACUGGCAAUUGCCAAUAAAUGAAAAGAAUAAAGAAAAAACGGUAUUUGUUACCUUUUGUGGGACCUAUAAAUUUAACGUUAUGUCUUUUGGCCUUUGCAACGCCCCUGCUAGUUUUCAAAGGUUAAUGGAUAAGAUUUUGGCUGACUAUAUUGGAAAAUUUGUCGUAGUUUAUCUCGACGACAUAAAUAUUUAUUCUAAAAAUUUCAAUGAACAUCUAAAUCAUAUUAAUCUUGUUUUUGAAAAAUUAAAAGAAUCUGGGUUAAAAUUAAAUUUUGAAAAGUGCACUUUUUCCCAUAAUAAAAUUUGUUUCCUAGGUCACAUUGUUGGAAGAGAUGGUAUUAAGCCCGAUGAGUCGAAAAUCGAAAAAGAUGAAGAUCAAAAUUACGCUUUUGAAUCUCUUAAACGUCAUCUUAUAACAGCUCCUCAUCCUAUAAAAGAUGAUAACGGUAAAGAAUUUGUUGUGUCAUACGCCAGCAGAGGAUUAACUAUACAUGAAAAAAAUUACGCUGCAACCGAUUUGGAAUUCAUUACUGACCAUAGUGCACUUAAAUGGUUAAAAACUUCAAAACUUACUGAGGCACGGCAACCUAUACAUCCCGAUAAUAAUGAAGAGUUAUUGGAAGAGACCAUCCUCCAGAGAACCUACGAAUUAAUAGAACAACUCCCUCAAAUUAGACAUACAGCAUUAGGAAAUAUUCAACAAUCUCAAGAAUGCCAAAAGUAUUAUCAUGAUACCAACUAUAAACUAGCCCCAGAAUUUGAUAUCGGAGAAAAGAUCUGGAUGUACGAUGCAUCAAAAGAACAAUCUAGAAGUAGGAAGUUCAAACCAAAAUGGUUGGGUCCGUACUAUAUCCAUGACUGA